AUGUCGUGUUCCUCUCGGGACACGCUCACUCGAAACAACCAUCGACCAAACUGGAUAAUCACUACUGCUCUGAUCGCCGGAUUCGCAGUGACCAUGAACUUCUACGCACUCAAUCUCCUGGCUCCGGAAAUCAAUCACUGGUGCAAACAACCGGAAGACAUGAGGAACUACACUUCAGAGCAGUGGAAAGAGAUAGCUAUUCCGAAGCAGAAUGGCAAAUAUUCUAGUUGUCUUGUCUUUCAACAGCCCACAUCAUCAGGACCCAACAGGAGCGUAAUAAACUGCUCCCUUUGGGAUUUUGAUCCAAACGUAAACGUCCGAACCCUGACAAACGACCACCACUUAGUCUGCGGCAGAAGAAAAAUGACUGCAACAUCCAGAGCCGCUUACUUCGUGUCUGGUCUGUGUACCACUCCGCUAUGGGGCCACCUGAUCGACGCUUUCGGUCGCAGAAAUCUGCUCAUCACAGCUACCGCCGGAACGUUGUUCUCUACCAUCGCCAUGAUCUUCUCUUGGAGCUUCGAAGCGUUUCUCACGUUCCGCACAGCUCAAGCUGCAGCGCUGAGCCUGCUGAGGGUCGUCAGCGUUGUGGCCCUGUUCGACCUGUCGACAACAAAGACACGUGACCGAAACGUCUGCAUUUGUCACUACGGCGAAUCAUUUGCACGCCUCGUACUCGCUUUUCUGACGGGCUCGAUCAUCGAUAAGAACGUAAUCUACAUCUUACUCAUGGUGCCGGCCUCUUCACUGCUGUACAACUUGUUCACUGCCAGGGAAUCUGGCAAAUGGCUCGCGGCCACGCACCCUUGGCUUUGCGGCGCUGUUUUGUGGGUCAACAAAGCAGGAAUCCUCUUUUGA